AUGUCCCAGCCACAUAAUAGAGACCUGCAAGCAGUGCCAAAGGAAGAGGAAGUUUUCCUGGACUAUCUCCUAAAAGUUAGACAGAAUCUGUCAGAUUUAAAGCAGAAUAGAUCGCAAUUUCUAAAUUCAAAAGAUAUUCAAUUUACUUAUCAACGUGUUUUGACCAAAGUUAGAGAGCUGGAUGAAAUUAGAAGACAGAAACAUGGAAAUUCUCAGGAAACUGAAAUUAAGACUUUCGUUCAUAGUCCAGAAUUACAUAAUAGAGUCGAUAACGUUCUUGAUGACGUUUUCCAGUUAUUAUCCCUGUGUUUCAUCACUUGCGGUUUGAAAAAUUCUGCUCCUGCCACAUAUGCGUCUUUGUCCACCGUACAAUCUUUAUUAGAACAUCUUAUUGAAUCAAAAAUCUAUACUCAUCAUGAUUUGAAACCUAUAAAGGAACGUCUGGAUGAAAUUGCAAAGAUCGUAGAUCAAAACUGUGAAAGUAACACCUAUCAAGACGCUUCAACUUUGGAUGAUGACGAUAAUGAAGUCUCAAGGAUUGAUAAUGAGAGAAAUAAAAAUAAAAUUGAGCAAAAUUUACUGUUACAGGCAAAAUUAAACCAUUGUCUACAUGAAUAUAAUUACAUUGAAUCACAAUUAGAAGAGGUGGAUCCAAGUUCAAAUUCAUUAGUCGAAAAAUUAUUUCAAAUUAGAAGAAAUUUAGUCUCCUUAGUUGAAAUUUCAAAAUCAAAUACUGGUGUUCAGGAUCAAAUUGAUAAAAAGCUGAAGCAUUUACAGUUACAAUUAAAUGAAAUUGAAAACAAUCGUGACCCUGACGGUAAUUUUGUGUCUAUUGAAAGCGGUAACCCAAUUAUAAAAGGUUCUAACGUCUUAAAUGGUCUUUCUGACGACUGUCACGAUUUAAUCUCCGAUUUAACGCAUCAUACAAAGACUUUCUUAGACCCUGAUUUACAAAAUGUGUAUGAUAACUUAAUUGACGUUAAGGGAUCUCUGGAAAAUUUGAUGGUAACAAGAAGAUGGACAUUAAGAGAAACUGAUUUAUUCUCUUACUUGAAAAAAUUAAAUGAAAUUGAUAAUUUAAGAGUAGAUGGUAAAUUUCCAACAAAAUCAGGCAGUACAAAAGGUCAAGCAAUUCUUCUGUAUCUUCUAAGAAGAUGUUAUACCUUGAUUUAUAAACUUUUGGAAAGUUCAGAACCAGUUUCUGAAGCAUUACAACCAAUACAUAAUCAAUUAUCGACUGUUCGUCGUUGUUUAUUGGAUUUGAAAAGAAUGGGUGGUGUUAACAACGAAAGAGAACUUUAUCCAUAUCAAAUGAAGUUAGCAUCUUUGGAUAAUUUACGUAAAGACGGUAAAUUUUAUGAUUCCAAGGGUAAUAUUCCAGAAGGUCAAGGUAUAUUAAAUGCAUUGUUAGCUGGCUGUUUUGAUAUUCUACAUGAAUUAAAAAUUGAAGCUGAAGAACAUGAAGAAGAUGAUGAAGGCGACAAUAACGAUGAUGACGAUGAUGAUGAACACAAGGAUGAAAGUGAUGCGCACUAA